AUGCUAGAUCCUGAGGGCAGUGUGGAGCACAAGGCUGCCUCUUCCUUCCCCAAAGUUUUCCUCAUCCCUCUAGCCAUGCUCCUCGCAAUAGCAGCACUCCUGCUCUUAGCCUUUUCUGCCACUCUGCAGAGAGAGACUGAUUUUUACACUUUCAAAGUUGUAAACAUCAGGGGCAAGCUAGUCUCUCUGGAGAAGUACAGGGGCUCGGUAUCUCUAGUUGUCAAUGUUGCAAGUGAGUGUGGAUAUACUGACAGCCACUACAAGGCCCUACAGCAGCUGCAGAGGGACCUYGGCCCGUAUCAUUUCAAUGUGCUGGCAUUCCCAUGCAAUCAGUUUGGGCAGCAAGAACCUGACAGUAACAAAGAGAUAGAGAGUUUUGCACGGAAGAAUUAUGGUGCCUCCUUUCCUAUGUUCAGCAAAACUACCGUCAGCGGUGCCGGUGCAAUUCCUGCCUUCAAGUACUUAAUUGAUUCCACGGGAGAAGAACCAACCUGGAACUUCUGGAAAUACUUGGUGGAUCCUAACGGGAAAGUAGUCAAGGCCUGGGACUCUACAGUCUCUGUUGAAGAAAUAAGACCUUAUGUUACAGAACUUGUGAGGAAAAUCAUCCUGAAGAAGAAAGACGAAUUGUGACUUUCAAAAGUUCUACGAUGUCAGCUACAUCUUUAUUGAGAAUUAGGACUGUAAUUGGUUUUUUCACGUUCUAGAAGAGGGAGUACAGGGAAGGGAUAGCAUGAGUAGUGGAAUCUAUUUUCACCAUUUUAAGAAUACAAGAUAGUAAGUUUGAAUGGUCAAAGAAAUUUAACUUAUUCUCCAACUGAAUUUAAUUUAAGCUUUCUAGGAAAGAAGGCUCAUCACAACAGUUUCUUUCUCAGUUCAAAUUGUUGAUAAGACUACAGAAAGUUAGUGUACCUCUAGGAUGAAGGCUGAAAAUAAUUAUCAAUUCCUUGAAGAGAUCUCACUGCUACCUACACUUCCCAUAUUUUCAACAUGAACUAAAUUUAAAACUAAAAAAAAAAAAA